AUGGAGCCACAUGGCUUCGAAAUAAACGCACAGGUGCAACACUCAUUUACCAACAGUUAUUCAUUUCUUUCUUUUCUUUCAUUCUUUCUUUCUUUCUUUCUUUCGUUCCAGUCCACUGCCAUAUUUUCCGUUCUUCCGCCUCAUACCUUUUUUAGAAUUCGUUCUACUCUUAUUCCUGUUCUAUUUCCUUCCUUCCUUCCUUCCUUCCUUCCUUCCUUCCUUCCUUCCUUCCUUCUAUGCUUUCUUUCCUUUUUUCUUCGAGGCUUUGUCGAGAAUUUUCAUUUUUCCUCAUUCAGCCAAUUUACUCAAUUAUUCUUUCUUUCUUUCUUUCUUUCUUUCUUUUUCUUUCUUUCUUUCUUUCUUUCGUCCAUUCGUUCGGUCCAGUCCACUUCCAUAUUUUCCGUUCUUCCGCCUCAUACUUUUUUAGAAUUCGUUUUAUUCUUAUUCCUGUUCUAUUUCCUUCCUUCCUUCCUUCCUUCCUUCCUUCCUUCCUUCCUUCCUUCCUUCCUUCCUUCUAUGCUUUCUUUCCUUUUUUCUUCGAGGUUUUGUCUAGAAUUUGCAUUUUUUCUAAUUCAGCCAAUUUACUCACACAAUUAUUCUUUCUUUCUUUCUUUCAUUCAUUCUUUCUUUCUUUCUUUCUUUCUUUCUUUCUUUCUUUCUUUCUCUCUUUCUUUCUUUCGUUCGUUCGUUCCAGUUCCCUGCCAUAUUUUUCGUUCUUCCGCCUCAUACCUUUUUAGAAUUCGUUUUACUCUUAUUCCUGUUCUAUUUCCUUCUUUCCUUCCUUCCAUGCUUUCCUUCCUUUUUUGCUUCGAGGUUUUUCUUAAUUCAGCCAAUUUACUCACUCAAUUAUUCUUUCUUUCUUUCUUUCUUUCUUUCUUUCUUUCUUUUCUUUCUUUCUUUCUUUCUUUCUUUCGUUCCAGCUCCCUGCCAUAUUUUCCGUUCUUCCGCCUCAUACUUUUUUAG